UCGACGUUAUCUUUAUUGCGUAACUUUAUAUGGUCGAAAGGUUCCGAUCCUUCUUCUCAGAUAUAAAAGCGGUGCUCUUCCCUUCACUUAUCUACUCUGUUUCCUCUUAUCUCCCUUAGUAAAUCCUACUAUUCAUUUUGGCUCCCUCGAUGGAACGACAAACGGGAAAGAAGGUGUGCGUAAUGGAUGCUUCGAGCAGGAUCGGCGCCGGGCUCGUUGAUCGACUGCUUCGCCGGGGUUACACCAUUCACGCGGCGGUGUUCGGCCGAGGGGAUGGGUGGAAGGAGGGGAGCUGGAGCGAGAGCGAGAUGGUUAGGGUUUUCAGGUCGGACCCUUUGGAUUACCACAGCAUUGCGGAUGCGGUAAGGGGAUGCUCCGGCGUCUUCUACACGUUCGACGGUGUCUCCUAUGAUGAGUUCAUGGUGGAGGUAGAGGUGAGAGCUGCACAUAAUGUAUUAGAAGCUUGUGCGCAGGCUGAAACUGUAGAGAGGGUUGUGUUCACUUCUUCGGUGACAGCUAUCAUAUGGAAGGAGAACCGAAAAUUAGCUGAGGAUGUUGAUGAGAGAGAUUGGAGUGAGCCGAGUUUUUGCAGAAAGUUUAAGCUAUGGCAUGCUCUUUCAAAGACUCUUUCCGAGAAGACGGCCUGGGCGCUAGCAAUGGAUCGUGGGGUUAACAUGGUGGUGGUGAACUCAGGUCUUCUUGUAGAAUCCGAACUCAGUCCAUCGAAUCCAUAUCUAAAGGGUGCGCCGGAGAUGUACGAGGAUGGAGUGUUAGUGACAGUUGAGCUCAAGCUACUAAUCGAUGCUCAUAUCUGCAUCUUCGAGAGCACUGAUGCCUUCGGACGAUAUAUGUGCUUCAAUCAUGCCAUAUGCCGCCCCGAAGAUGCCGUUAAACUUGCUCAAAUGCUUUCUCCGUCGACACCGAACCCUCCUCCCAGUGAUGAGUUGAGAGUGAUUCAGGAAAGAAUUCACAGCAAAAAGCUGAAUAAGCUGAUGUUGGAAUUUGGAGAUGGAUUGCGAGUAGAAGAAUAGAAAUAGGGGCGUGGAAAUCAGGAUGUAUUUUAUGUUGAAAAAUAUUUAUGGUGCUUUUCAAGUAUACAGCAUCAAUUUUUAGUAUCAUUGUAUUCUGGUAGUCUUAUAAUAAUAUAAUUGUAUUCAUUUUAAGUUUUUAAA